AACUUUUUCUUCUAUUCAUGGAUUCUAGGAAACAUAUCAAAACUUAUACUUAAGUUUCCGUUCUAUAAGAAUCUAAGGAGAAAAGCUUGAACGUUUUCAGAUAUUCAACUUAUAAUGUUCAGGUGUGGUUUGUCAUAUUAGGAGGAUUCCAUCAGGAAGAUUUGAGGAGCAAUAGAGGAACAAGAUACGUAAGCAUAUUUUGUCUCUGUUCUGCAACUAUAUGUGUUCCUAUGGUUCAUCUUCACUAAAGCUGGAAAGAUAAUAUACAGUGAGAAAGGCACUAUGUUGGCAGUUGAGCUCUUAAAGAAUCAUGUCGUUCUUCUAACAUAGAGCUGCAAACAACCUUUGAAUGGAGUCCCUAAUUCCCUAGAUCAGAUUUCUUGUCAAUGGAGAUUUUUAAUGAAGCACUAGAUUGAAUUACUGGAAACAAGAAGGAAAGGACAUAAAUUGCUCAUAAACAUGUUAGGAAUUAGAGAAAAUACAAGAAAAUCCUAAGAGCAAGAAAAAAUGUAGUUAAGAAAGCUUCAAAUUAGUAUUUGCCUUGGACAAAGUAAUUUAUGUCAGUAUUGAACUUAAAACGAUCGAAAGUAAUAUUUAUGUUUAUUUUUAUUUUAUUCUGCUACGUUUUAUAUAUGUAAAUGAUGUGUGUAAUAUAUAGUUUUUUAACAGUUUAUAAAUUUAACUAAUCAGUUUUUUUUGCAAGAAAAAUUAUUUCCGUGCUACGCACGGGGCCUAAACUAGUAUAAUUUGAAUACCGAAGUAAUUUUUUGCUGUAUCUUUAAAACCAUUGAUGAGCAAAAUAUGGUUUACCAACAUGCAAAAGAACGAAACAUAGAUAUGCUCAGAUAAAAUAUUCAUCAGAGCUGCAUGCCAUGGAAAAGAGUAUUACAUAAAUAUGCUUAGAUCAAUUCAUUUUUCUUUGCAUAUUCUAGAAGCCACAUCAUAUUUUCAGUGAUUUUGUAUUUAACUUUUUGAGUCCAGAAAGAAAGAAAAAAAAAACUAAUUUACCCUUCCAGUUCACCAUCUCUUUAGCAAUGUCAUUAAAACUGAAUUUCUCUAACCUAACGUCAAAGCAAACAUCUUAUUGAUCUGAAGUAAGGUUGAAAAAAUUAAGCUAAAAACAUUUAUCGACAUUAAUACGGUCUGUGUUACUUUUAAAAUUGUUGGCAAGUAAUUUGUAAAAUAUUGGAUAAGGCACCGAAGAGGCAUCAGUUUAUUCACAACGGUCUCAAGACUACUUUUCCAAAAGGCAGUCAAAAGAAUAAAUGAUAUCAUUAUGGGAAAUUGUUACACAAAUAAAUCCCUUCCUUUCCCCAAGCCCCAAACGUCUACAAAAGGAAGCCCUAAUAAGAGUCCCAAGAGUAAACAAUUCUUUAAAAAGAAAAAAAAACUCUAGUGAAAGUUAGAUCUUCUGGUCUCAGAAUUCGAUUUUGUUUGGCAUUUUGCAAAUUAUAUUAAUUUUUUUAUCAUUCAUCUAGUAAAAUGCAUAGUUCUAUUAAGAUUGUGGAUGGAAACACAACGAUCUGCUUAGACGCCGAUAGCUCUAAAACCAUCAACCUCAAAAUCGACGAAGCUCCAACACGUCCAUACAUUGGACACGACCUUCCUCAUGGUAAUGUCAUGCAGAUUUCGAAAAAGAGUGUGGAUGGAAAGACCACUAUCAACAUAGAGGCGGAUUGCUCCAAAAUCAUCAACCUUAAGAUCAAUGAUGACCCUACCCGAUCAGACGUUCGUAAUGGUCAACUCAUGCAGAUUUUUGUGAAGACUUUGACAGGAAAGUUCAUCUCCUUGAAAUGUGAAGACGUUGACACCAUAAAAAACGUGAAGGCCAAGAUCCAGGGUAAAGAGGGCAUUCCGGUGAACAAGCAGAUGCUGAUCUUUGCUAGCAAACAGCUUGAGGAUGGUUGGACUUUGGCUGACUAUAACAUCAAGAAGGACUCGACCAUUCACUUGAUUCAGCGUCGUUAAGACUUGUGGAGAUGCUGGUGCUUAAUAGUGUUCGUGUUUCUCUCUUUUUUUUGUAAGACUUAUGUUAACUAGUGUAGUUAACACACGCAAAAAUCAAGACUUCUUGUGUCUUGUUUUUGUUAAAAUUUUCAUUUUCUUUUCUCUUUUCUGGUGGCGAUGUUGGUGGUUGAUGUUGUUCGUGUUUCUUGUCUUUUUUUUGUUAAUGUUAUGUAUUUUUUAUAUUUUUUGGAAAGACCUACGUUCACUGGCGGAGUUAACAAAUUAAAAAUCAAGACAUUUUGUGUCUUGUUUCUGUUAAAGUUUACGCUAGUUUUUUUUCUUGUCUUGGUUAAUUUUCCCAUCAAUCUAUAUGGUGAUUUUCUUCAUUUAGUUCAAACCCAAUCACACACCAAUCCAUUGGAUAUCUCGUGUGUCGUUGAUGUCUUACCUCAGGGGCUCAGUGAAAGGACCCGACCCAUUUUUUCGUAACAUCAGUACGAGUCUGGCUUGACUUCCUCGAUCAGACUUGGGUCAUUUUCAUAUUUUUCUUUACUUAGAAUUAUUUCAGAGUGUUAGUUCUUUUUCACACAGUCAAGUAAAGAAUAAUACGAUUUGAAUAAAUAAUCUAAGGUUCUAGUUAACAAGUCAGUUUUCUAUAGGCUAUUACAUGUUAAACUCGUCCUAUAUCUAUCCAAACCCACCAUCCUUCCUUCCUGCCUUUGUCUCGCGUUCAAGCUAUGUCUUUACCCUUUCGGGUCUGGUCCUGAUCUGCAUCCAAACAAGGAGGCAUAAGCAAACAGUAUGCGUAGUGAGAGCGGUCCACUACAAAAAAUAUCGGCAUUAGUAGCGUCGAGAAUGUACUACCAUAUCGUUUUCGUAGCGUUUCCAUGAACGCCGUGACAGCCGCAGCUAUAAUAGACCCCCCACUUAUUAUAGCGUUUUUCGUGUGCUAUAAUAAAUAGACAUAUUAUAGCGUUUAUCGUCAGCUAUAGAUUAAUUUUCUAUAACAUUUGAUUCUUGCUAUGAUAUAAUUUUUCAUAGCUUAUUUUUAGUGUUAUAAAAUAUUUUAUAAUGAUGUAGAUAUAAUGCUAUAAUUAUAAAUUAAUUAAUUAAAAAUAAAUAAAUUAGUUGAUGAAAAUUAAUUAAAUUAAUUGAUUAAAAUUAACUAAUUAAAAUUAAUUAAUUAAAAUAAUUGAUUAGAAUUAAAUCAAAACUCAAUUUACAAAUAAAAUUUCAAUUUUAUUUAUUAAUUAUAAUCUUUUUACAAAUAAAAUCAGUUUACACAUUAAACCAAAACAACAUUAAACCAAAAUUGGUUUAAUUGUAAACCAAAAAAAUUAAACCUAGAAAUCCCUAACUCUUUGCCCCUCAGCCUCCUUUGCCGUAGAGCUCCCACCUCUGCCACCUUUACCGGCUCCUUCACAAUCGACUCCAGCACGUUCCGACUCCACUCCCUCUUCGACUCCGGCGCGUUCCGACUCUGGCAGGAUAUCUCCUUGGAAUGGCAUCGAGACAAAGACAAAGACUUUCUAUGAGAAUAUCACCUUCACACCACGCUUGACGGGAGACAUUGCUAUGUCCCACCACUGCUUCUCCUUCCCUGCUUCUUAAUAAAUCAGUACACAAAACAAAAAUUAAUCACACAUUUAUAAGAACAUGAUGAGAACGUGAAGUUGAAAUGUGUGGUGGUGAGGAGGUGAAUACACACGGCAACAACAACGGUGGUGGUACAAUAAACCCUAAUCUCAUGAACCAAACCGGAUCCCUUGGACGUAAUCCCUACCUCAAGGAAGAUUAUCAUCAACAACAACAUGAUGAUUCGAGAGAUCUCGAAAAAAAAGAGAAUGAAGAGGAUUUGAUUCCUCAUAACAGAGAUGGAGGGUAUAGAUUAAAAGUUAUGAAAAUUUGUGAGAGAAUCAAAAGAAGAAUCGUAAGAGAAGGAGAAAUGAUUUUUUUGUAGAUCUAGAAAGAAAAAUGAAAGAUUCGUAGAGAAUAUUGUAAGAGAGAGAAAAGUGUUUCAUCUUUGUGCAUUUUUGUCCAUUGGAUUCACUUCUAUCGACGGCUAUUAUUUUAUAAGGCUUGAUCCUCGCACUUAAACGUGACUGGCCGAUAUGUGUUGACCAAUCAGAUUGUUUUGUUGUUUUUUUUUUAUUCUUUUUUUCUUGGAACACCAUUUUUUCCUUUUCUAUUUUGUGUGUUUAAUAUAUAGAAUAUUUAUGAUAAAAUUUUGAGAAAAAAAUAAGAUUUAGAUUUCACAAUUUAAAUGUUAAAAAUUAAUCUUUAGAAUUAAAUUUAUAGUUUUAAAUUUUAAAUUUUAAACUUUGUUAUUGAUAUUGAGGUAUAUGAAAUAGAGUUUAGGGUUUAAGUUGAAAAUCAGAAAUUAAAGUUUCGAAAUAGAUUUAAAGUUUACAUUUAAGAUUUUGAGUUAAAAUGAAAAUAAAUAAAUUUGGAGAUUAGAUUUAUCAUUCAGGGUUUAGAGUUUGGGGGAUGAUUGUUUAAAGUAUAUAUUUAAAAUAUGAAAUUAAUCUUUUAAAAAAUAGGAUUUUAACUAUUAAAUGUUUUUAUAUAUUGGAUAUAAGUUCUAUUAGGUACAUGGUUAAGAUUUAGGAUCAAGUAUAUGGUUUGAGUUUUUGAAUAUAAUUGGAGUUUGGUUUUUAAAUUUAUAUCAUAGGUUUGAGGUUUGGGGUAUUAGAUGUAGGGGGUAGAUUAAAUAUUUAGUGUUUGAGAUUUAGAAUUUAAAUUUAAGAUUAUAUUUUAUAAAUUAUAAAUUGCAAAUUGCAAAUUGAUUUAUAACUAAAACAUAUAUUGCAUUAAAUUCAUAAUAGAUACAUCUUACAUAGAAUCUUUCCAAGUAUUACACUGACAUCAAACAUUAGGGUUUAGGUUUAGGUUUUGUUUUUUUUUUUAAAUUACAUGUUGAAAAUUUAUAUAUUUUUUAAGUAAUAUGCUUUUGUUUUAGUUAUAAAUUUCUACAAAUGUUCAUUUUGAAGUUUAUUGUAAGUGUUGGAUGUUGGAAUUUAUGGUAUGUUUAGGGUUUAGAACUUGAAGCAAAAAAAAAUUUCUAGUUUAUUAUUAGUGUUAGAUUUUAAUUAUAUCAUAUUAUUUGUUGGUAUAUUUGGAUUUUAUGAUUAAAUAUUAAAAAUUAAGGGUUUAGAGUAUGAUUAAUAGUAUUUUAGAUAUACAUUUAUAUAUCUUGUAUGUUCUUGAAUAAUUAAUAAACUAAACCAUCUCAAGUGCUGCAGCGUGCACUAAAAUAUACAUAAACCUCCCCAACGUGUAAUACAUUACUCCCAUCCGUGAAUCAGUUGUGAAUGUUUAAGAUUCCUAAUGCUUAUAAAAGAUAUUACAUAUAAGAACCAACUGCAUGACAUAUUCAGCUAGAGUCUUUAGCCUUCUGGUUCUUCUCACUGUUGCAAACCCAAUGUUCAAAGCAAACAGCUCACGUGUAGAAACACCACCAAUCAACUCCAAGUUUCUUCAAAAACUCAAAGUUGACUCUCACUGUAGUUUCAACAUUAAAAAUUCAGGAACACUUUCAAUAAAGAGAAACGAGCAAAGAUAACAUAUAUAUGUACUUACUUCACCUCUUUAUCCAUAGCGACAGAGUUAGUACCAUCUUCCAAGUUCCAAUGCCCACUACUUGGUAGCAGCACCUGUAAGCAAGCGGGUUAAUUAAUCCAGUUCUUGAAUAGAAAAGAUAAUAUCAUCCAUAGAAAUGAAACGAAACAGAGGCAGUGCUGCUCUAAGAUUUCAUUCAUAGAUUCACGCAAAGACACAAAGUAAAAGAAGAAAUACAAAUGCAGAGACUUAACCCCAGA